ACCCAAUCCGGCACGGCAGUCCUUUCCUUCAACAGUACUCCUAGCCCCCUGUCGAGCAAGGCAGGUAGGCCUAAGGAGUAGCUGUGGCGUGUUGCCAUGUGGCGGUUCCUUACGGACCGCCCAACGGACAGCCCAACGGACAGUUCAGCCACACUUUGGCCGUCCCGUGCCGUCCCAUCUGUCGACUUCGCCCAGGUUCGAUGACUGCUUGCUGAUGGAUGAUGGCGUCCGUUCUUUGACGGCCUAAACGCCGCGUCUCCUUGCUGCCUUCGGCUUCUGCAAUUGCAUCAAAUAAAAUACAUGACGUUCCACUCUCCUCAAGGUGAAAAGGCAAGUAUUCUUCUCGUCCAGUGGUCUUUCAGCGGUCUAUCUUCCUCAUUUACGUUCUGCUUCCCUGCCCUCGCUCUCAGCCACCGUCUCCGUUGCGUCCGCACUGCGCCAGCCCACCUCUCUCGCCGUCCGUCUUCUUUGUUCUUCACGCUCGUUCACAGCCACCAUGGAUGUGCAUCUCCUCGUGUACGACCUUUCCCAAGGGCUUGCACGUCAGAUGUCCAUGGGUCUGCUCGGCUUCCAGCUGGACGCCAUCUAUCACACGUCCAUCGAGCUCGAUGGUCUCGAGUAUGUCUACGACGGCAACGUUAUAGCCAUAACCCCCGGCUCUUCUCAUCUCGGCCGGCCCAUGCAGCGCCUUCACCUGGGAAAGACGGAACUACCCAUGGAAGUUGUCCAGCCGUACCUCGAGUCACUGAGGGAGGUCUACACUGUCCAAGCAUAUGACUUGUGGAAGCACAACUGCAACAACUUCUCAAAUGACUUUGCAACGUUCCUCCUGGGCAACGGAAUACCCGAUCACAUCCUCCACAUGCCCGAUGCGGUGCUGCAGUCGCCAAUGGGGAGGAUGCUCAUGCCCACAUUAAACCAGCAGGUCGAGGCAGGCAGGCAGAGCAGGCAAGGAAUCUGGGGCAUCCAGAACGGCCAGCCAGCGUCGGCACCUGUGCAUCCCCAGCCCCAGCAUCGCCAGGGCAAGGUCCGGACGGUUUCCAGCUCCAGUGAGCUCGAGUCACUCCUCACAAGUGUCCACAAGUCUUGCGCCGUUAUCUUCUUCACCUCCGCAACCUGUGGCCCUUGCAAGCUGCUACACCCACUGUAUGAUGAGCUGGCAGCUGAGGUAGGCGACAAGGCCGCCCUGGUCAAGGUGGACAUAUCUCAAGCAUUUGACGUCGCCAGUCGUUACUCUGUCCGAGCCACUCCCACAUUUGUCACCUUUCUCCACGGCAAGGAGGAAAACCGGUGGUCUGGAGCAGACCGGGCGGCUCUUCGUGGCAACGUUCACAUGCUUGUCCAGAUGGCUAACCCUAUCCAUCCCCAUGCGUCGCUGAGGCUGCCGAGCUUGCAGAACCCCGAAGCCAAGCCUGUUCUUUUCACAAAGAUCCCCCCACUACAAAAGCUUCUUGCCAAAAUGGGCACCGCAGCCGAUCACGAAGCUGUAAAAGCCCUCUCACAUUUUAUAGAUGCUCGAAGCAAAGAGGGCCCAGCAAACGAUCCGCUACCCAACAUGACAGCCCUGACAACAUUCCUCAAGAACUCGAUGACUACCUUGCCUCCCGAGCUCAUGUUCACAGUUAUCGACCUACUCCGCUGCGGUCUCGUUGAUCCUCGCUUCAGCGGUUUCCUUGCCGAAGAAAAGGAACACGCCACGAUCUUGUCCCUCAUAUCCUAUGUGAACGGCCUGAAAGAUUGCCCAUACGCCCUGAGGCUCGUCACCCUGCAAAUGGCCUGCAACCUCUUUACCACCCCUCUGUACCCGGACCAGAUCCUUACCCACGAAGGCCUGCGCUCCGCAAUCACAAGCCUGGUCUCGGCCAGCUUCCUGGACGACAACCACAGCAACGUCCGCGUCGCCGCGGCCUCCCUGCUAUUCAAUAUCGCACUAGUCAACAACCGCAAGCGACGCAUGGACCAAGACGAUGCACUCCCCGAAGCCGAUCAGAUAGAGCUUGCGGCCUCGCUACUUGAGGCCAUUGCCCAGGAAGGCGACUCCACCGAGGCGCUACAGGGUAUGCUGCUUGCUCUGGGGUACCUUGCCUAUCUCGCGCCGCUAGACGGGGAGUUGGUGGACUUGCUGAGGGUUAUGGCUGCGGAUGAUACCGUGAAGGGGAAGAAGAGCACCUUCAAGGAUCUAUCGCUGGUUCAUGAAAUUGGCGUAGAGCUACUCGGCAAUGGUCUGAGGAAGCCGUAGAUAUGGGGCGGUAAUGUGAUUGUAUGGUAGAACCACCACGCUGCGUAACUGCGGAACGGACACAUUUUUUUGUUUGGCGUUGUUUAAUUUGGCGGCUUCAGCAUGACAUGGUUUAGACGGCGAGAAUACUCGGCCAUUCAAACCUAGAAUUAGACAGGGUAUCACGCGAGAGGAGUAAUUUGGAUCUUGAACUGUUCAUUGCGAAUUGUAUACAUCAUUAUGUUCAAUUGUGGCUUUCAAUCUUCUCCCAGCAAAAUUGGCUCGCCCUGGGCGUAAGCGACUUCUUCUCUCCGACGUAUCGGUC